UGUCUUUGACUGACAGCACAAUGACGUCAUGACUGUAAACAACAUUGACCCUGAAACCGGGGAUAACCAGAUCUACACGGUUAAUACAAACGACCAAGCGCAGUGGUUGUUAUUGUCUGUCCUUCUAGCUAGCUGAGUGGUUGCAACAAUCGUCCAAAAUGGCGCAAUUCGUACUGCAGCUGCUGUUGGUUAUCUUCGUAACGUUGUUCUCGCUCUCCAAAGCCAGCGAGCAUCAGUGUCGCCACUACUACGUGGAUGACGUUUACCACGAUGGGUUAAUCUGCCCACAGGGUGACUACGAUAGUCAGAGGAACCUUAACUACUGCUGUCAGACCAUCAUUGGCAAUGACAUCACCGAGGAAUGCUGCACUAAGAGUGAUUGGAAGAAGAACCCAGACUCCAACCCGGAAGCCUUCAGUACGGAAUCAAUUAUUGGGCUUUGUAUUGGCGGGACGCUAGUGAUAGCCACGAUUGUUUCUUGCGCUGUGGUCAUCACUCGGCGCCGAAGACGAAGGGCUGUCAUCCUGACCUCAAGAUGUGCUGCACAAUCUACCGUGAUUGGAAUAGCACCGCCACCCAGCUAUGACCAGGUGCCUAGGGUUGGCCAGUACCGGCAGUUUGAGAACCCGCCCAGCUACCCCAUCAACUAGGCAUCCCCACUUCGUGCACUCGACGUUUCCAGCAGUGUUCUGUGAUCAUCUUGGGGAUAAGGUUUCUUCUGGUGUGAUCAAGAGAGAGAAACUUGUCUUGAAGAUGAUCAGAACAUACUGACCGAAACGUCGGGUGUCUACCCACUGGAUCUGCUAUACAUUCUAAACAGUCACUGGCCAGAUUUGACCCUGAAUAAGGGUUGUAGUUGACCUGACACAUUUUGGGGUCAGAAUGACACAUUUGCCAAGGUUUCCGGGUCAAAUGACCCAGAAAAUUAGUCAGAAGAGUGUCAUUUUGACCCUGAAAAGUGCCAGGCUGAAAAAAAAUCCGGAUUCGGGUCAUCCUGAUCAGGGACGUGUAAGGUUGUAGAACCAGCUCCUUAUAUACGGCUCACAAUAAAUGGUGGGUCUAAGCUGUUCCUGCAAUACCUCAGUAGCUUAAUUCUUCUUCAGCAUGUAGAAUUAAAGUCUUACUUUGUUUUAAAAAUGUUGCUGAAGUGGGGGGGGGGGGGGGGAUUGAACAAACGUUGCUGUUGUUUGUACAUGUUUAUAAAUAUUACUUAUCCCCGAUCUUCCCCGCUCAGUGCCUGUAUAUUCUUUAUAACACAACACAUUUUGCCCGCAGUUUAUGAAAAUAAAUUGAAUUGUCAAUCUCGACUUCUUUUUGGAGAACGCUUGGGACCAGUCGGCAGUUUCCGUGUGUGACAUGGCCCGUUUAGUGCCUGCAUGUAUCAAGCACGUUUUCAAAGCAUCUCUUACAUUUUAUACCACAUUUUCAAAUACAGAUAAAGAAGCAUCAUUAAUGUGUACCAGUGUUGUAUACAGGUACUAUGAGCACGCCAGUGUGAGUACCAUAAAUGUUCAAACGGUGACAACAGUGUAGAAUAUGCAACCGAAAUAAAGACUCUUUCGUUUCCAAUUUGACACUAAGAUGGUGACUAAAUUUGAUGCAUAAAGUUUUUUUUUUCUGUAAACUGACAAUUUUCAUGAAUAAGAAUGUUUGCAUGUUUGACCUCAGUACUUUUAUGACAAAAUUGUAGACUUCAAUGUACAUUUAAUAACGUUUUUUUUUUUCUUAGUAUGUCAACAGUAAACAAAACAUGUCUUUGUAACGACAUAAAUCUGCAUGAUGUCUCUAGAAAAAGCUAGUGGUCUUUUUGUAAAAGUUCCUAAAGGCAUCUUAAAGACAUGCUGGCUUAAAGUUUGAAAUCUUUUCUUUAAGUUUCUCUUUUGUCUAAACUAAGUGAAAAGUGGAAAUCUGUAUCGGCAGUAGUCAUGUAUACUUGAUAAAGUAUCCAGUGUGAAACAUUA